UCAAGUCGUCAAGCUUUGAAAAAAUAUGUCCAAUCAAACUACGAUAUCAAAGCAGCUAAUUUCGAUGCUUUAUUCAAUGCCGCUUUAAGAAAAGGGGUGGAAACCGGUGAUUUCGCCCAACCAAAAGGUCCUUCUGGACCAACCAAAGUCGCUAAAAAGGAAAAA